GUUUAGUUGAAUUUUUCAAGUCCAAGCAACCAGACGUACAAAGUGAAGAAACAGAAAUCAAAUAAAAUUAACAAGUCUCUAGAAAUUGCAAAAAAGAAUAGAGAAAAGCCAAGAGAGUUGAAAAAAAAAAAAAAAAACAACACACUAUUUGUAAAUAGAUUAGAAAAGACGCGUCUUUUCCACAAAAAGAAAAUUCGUACUUAAUUCCAGAAACAGAAACUGAAACCCUUUGACCAAUCACAAUGUCUCAGAAACGUGUUACCUUGAGCACCAGCCGUGUAUCGCGUGCCUCCACCUCUACACCCCAGGGUGGAAAUCGUUUGGGCGCCGGUAGCCCCACCAGUCCCACCCGCACCAGCCGUCUCCAGGAGAAAGAAGAGCUGCAACAUUUGAACGAUCGUCUCGCGUGUUACAUUGAUCGCAUGCGUCACCUGGAAAAUGAGAACAAUCGUUUGACCCAGGAGUUGCAAUUGGCCCAGGACACAGUGACCCGUGAGGUGUCCAACAUUAAGGCCUUGUAUGAAAAGGAAUUGUCCGCUGCCCGCAAACUAUUGGAUGAAGUGUCGAAGGAAAAGGCCAAAUUGGAAAUCGACAUCAAGCGUUUGUGGGAGGAGAAUGAUGAUUUGAAACAAAAAUUGGAGAAAAAGACCAAAGAUUGUGCCCUGGCCGAGAACAGUGCCCGCGUAUUCGAGAGCCGUUUCAAUGAAGUCAAUGGCAAAUACAACCAAGCCCUGGCCGAUCGCAAGAAGGCCGAGGACUUGGCCAAGGAUUUGCAGGCCGAAAAUGCCCGCCUCCUCAAGCAGUUGGAUGAUUUGCGCAAACAACUCGAGGCCGAAACCUUGGCCCGUGUCGAUUUGGAGAACCAAAAUCAAAGCUUGCGCGAAGAGUUGAGCUUCAAGGAUCAAGUGCAUGUACGCGAAUUGACCGAAACUCGUUCUCGCCGUCAAAUCGAAAUCAGCGAAUUGGAUGGUCGUCUGUCCAAGGAAUACGAGGCUAAAUUGCAACAAUCUCUACAGGAAUUGCGCGAUCAAUACGAGUCUCAGAUGCGUGCCAAUCGUGAGGAAAUUGAGCUGUUGUACGACAAUGAAAUUAAGAAUCUCCAGGCUGCCGCCAAUCGUGCCAACAAUGCAUCGGCUCAUGUCCAUGAAGAGCUGAGAAUGAUGCGCACCAAGAUUGAUGGUCUGAAUAAUAAGAUUAAGGAUUUGGAGGGCAUCAAUGCUGGUUUGAAUGUUCGCAUCCGUGAGCUGGAAGAUUUGUUGGACAGCGAACGUGCCCGCCACAAUCAAUAUGUCGCCUCCUUGGAAGCCGAAUUGCAGCGCAUGCGCGACGAAAUGGCCAAACAGCUGCAAGAAUACCAAGACCUUAUGGACAUCAAGGUCUCGUUGGAUUUGGAAAUUGCCGCCUACGACAAAUUGUUGGGCGGUGAGGAGAGACGACUCAACAUCACCUCCCCGGCUCGCAGCAGCCACAAUUCAUCGCACGCCGAUGGCGGCUAUUCCAAUGGCACCCAUUUGUCAGUCAGCUCCAGUUCGGCCUAUCGCUCGGGUCGUGUUACCCCCAGUGGCCGUCGUUCCGCCACUCCAAGUGGCAGUGCUGGUGGCAGCGCUGUGAAACGUCGUCGCACUGUCAUCGAUGAGUCCGAAGAUCGCAGUUUGGCCGAUUUCACCGUCAACUCUGCGGCCAAGGGUGAUUUGCAAAUCUUGGAAGCCGACAGCGAGGGACGUUACAUUAAGUUGCACAACAAAGGCACCGAUGAGAUCAAUCUAACCGGCUGGCAAUUAACCCGCAUUGCCGGCGACGAGGAGUUGGCCUUCAAAUUCACCCGUGGCACCAAAGUGUCGCCCGGCGAGACCGUUACCAUUUGGUCCGUGGACGCCGGUGUUGCCCACGAGCCACCCAGCAAUUUGGUAAUGAAGAAGAAAUGGCCCGUGGCCGACUCGAUGCGCAGUAUUUUGUCCAAUGCCGACAAAGAGGUGAGAUUACUGUCGAUUUACAACACUUGUAACAAAUGUAACAUUUGUCGUCACUGUCACCAUCUUGAGUUUGAUUUAGAUCAGAUGUUGCCAGCUACGAACGUGUCCGUUCAAACAUUUCCAGCCACGCCUCGAGGCAUAGGCAGACCAGCAGUGGUUUCACGUUAGGCUCUGGUUCCACAUCCACCGGUGUCAGGAGUCUGUUCUCAUUGCUCUUCUAAGCGGAGGGGCGGGGGAGACGGAUGGUGCUCACCAAGGAUAACACAAACACAUUCAUACAUGAACAAAAAGAACAACAUCCAUCCAUCCAUCCAUACACGCAUACAAACCAAUCAUCUCAUACCGACGCAGACAGACGCUGACGCAGAAGAAGAAGAAGAAAAUCAACUGAACAAGAAACGGACAAAUAUAGACUAGCCAUAGCGCCUAGGAACUGGACAGGAUAUUUUGUUGAACCGCUAAAAUGUUAGUGUCAAUGGAACAAACAAACAAAAGCCUUUAACAUCUUCAUCAAGAGAGUGGGGAGUUAUUCUCAAAAAAAUCCCAAUUCGCUCUCUUGUUAGAUGGUGACUCGUAUAGCUUAGUUUCAGGAAUCCGAACGAGGAUGUCCUACCACUGUACUUCUCUCAGUUAAACAUAUCAAGAGACUUUUUUUUCUAUUUUACCAUAAAUUUUUAAGAUUUUUUUUUGUUUUAAAAAUUUCUCAUUUCCUUUUUUUUUUUUUUUUUUGAUUUUAACUUCAAUUUUGUGGUAAAAAAGUUCAAUGCUAUUUCUAAUUUUACUAUAAUUUAAAUUUUUGUAAGAACAAUACAAAAAACAAAUCCCCAAUACCCAAGAAUACUGAGUAUUCUUGCAGGAGACGUAAGUAUGAAUUAAAAAAUAUUUUUUUUUAUUAAUUUAAAAAUACAAAAAAAAAAAGCAAAAAAAAAAAACAAUUUGUAUAUCUUGUUGAGUUUUUUUUUCUCAUGUAUAAGUUUUUACUCCGAACUAUUAUGAUUCCUGUAUAAUUUAGUAUUUAGAGGACAAAAGAAAAUGUAAAGAUUUUGGGUGCAAAGGGUAAUUUGCCCAACCAACCAACCAAGAAGCCGAAAAAUAGAGAAUCGGAUCUUGAGAUCCAAGGAUUUUUAAUGAAGUGAUGUUCAGUACUUAGCCCGGGUUGAGCGUGUGCCUUCAUGUGGAAAUUCAAUUCCAUUUACAAAUAAUUAAAUUGAUUCCAUUUCAAAUUUAAUUAAGAAAAAAAUCUACACCAUUACCAACCCGCACACACACACACGACGUAGCACACCCAUAAUUGUUAAAUCUCAAAUAGAGCAGCACUUCAUGGCUUUGCAAAAAAAAGAAAAAUAUUAAAAAAAUAUAUAUGUGUAUUUAAAGUAUAUUCAAUGUUGCAUUUAUGUUAAAUAAAUCUUUAAAAACUGUUAUACUGAUACAUAGGGGGGUUGUGUGGGCCUAUUCCGCGCAUUCAAACUUACGUGCUUAUAACAGUAAUAAUAAAUUCAAUAAAAAAGAACAAAAACAAAAACAUAUUUACAUUUCAAAACAUAUUUCAAAAAUAAUAAAAUAAAACAAAAAAAUACAUAUUGGUUGCAAAAUACAACAACAAUAAAAUUUAAACAAAAAACACAAAAACAACAACAA